ACACACGCACACACACACGCACACACUCAGCAACGCUCCCAUGGAUUCUGUAAUCGAGCGUCGAGCUGCAGGAUCCGCUUUAACGCACGCUUCUCCUCGGAUGGGAUCCUCGGAAAACAUCGCAUAGCUGCCUCCGACGCGGAGCUCCAGCCCUGCAUCGUCCCCCACAAGUUGUUAGCGUGUGUGCGUAUGUGUGUGUGUGGAGCAAGAGGCGGGCUUCUCUUGUUUAUCAAAAAAUGACUCGACAUGACUCGAAAUACACGGAAAACGACCCUGGGAACCUUAACCGGCUGCGAGAGUGAGGCGCAGAUCAUCUGAAUGAAAGUCAAAAGUGUGGUUGGGUGGCCAUGGACCCAUUCAGCCUGCUCAUCCUCACCAUCUCGGUGAUCAGUUUCUUCUCCUUCCAGUGGCUCUUCCACUGGCUCAGCCCCUGGGUGUCCUCACGCAUCAGCUCCAGCUUCCUCAGCCUCAGUGACAAGCAGAAGGUGGAGUGGAACUCAAGGACGGUGUCGACGUUUCACGCGCUGUUGGUGGGAAUCUUCUGUCUCUACAUCUUGUUCUUUGAUGAUCCCGUCAAUGAAGACCCAGUCUGGGGAGAUCCUACACUGGUGAAGACUAAUGUUGCCAUCACAACAGGCUACCUCAUAUCUGAUCUGCUGCUAAUAUUUUACUAUUGGAAGGCGAUAGGCGACAAGUUUUUUGUAGUUCACCACCUGGCAGCGUUGUAUGCUUACUACUAUGUACUGGGCUUAGGAAUGUUGCCUUAUUUUGCUAACUUCCGUCUGCUUGCGGAGUUUUCCACGCCAUGUGUUAACCAGCGCUGGUUCUUUGAGGUACUAGGUUAUCCUAAAUCCUCCCGGCCCAACAUGGCGAACGGUGUUGUCAUGGCAGCAGUCUUUUUCUUUGUCCGCAUCGCCGUCAUGCCGGUCUACUACAUCCGUAUGUACAUGGUGUAUGGCACCGAGGCCUUCUACCUGGUGCCCUGGGGGGGCCGCGUGGCCUGGAUCGGCUCCAGCAUCUGCUUGGACAUCAUGAACGUUAUGUGGAUGCAUAAGAUCGCUCGCGGCUGCUACAGAGUGCUGCGCUCGGCACAAAGGAGCAAAGCCAGAGCGCCUCAAGAGAAUGGGAAGACGGAUUAAGGGAAACAAGGUGUCAGUGGUGGGAGAACUCCACAGCAGAGACAAAAUGACAUCAUUGGCAGUGUGUGGAUAGCAGUUUGGACUGUCAAACCUGCGAGGUGAUGUUACAGGAUCGAAUGUAAUGAGGGAAUUAUUUUGGAAAGCAAGCCUACCAAUGGACUGUUUAACAGACUAAGCCAUGGAAUGACCUGUUGGCAAUGUGAGCAUGGCAAAUUUCCUCUCCACCAAACAAGGAGUUCGUCCCGAGACAAUGGAUUACCACAAAUCGUCCAAAAGUUUACUUUUCUUUAUGCUCAGCAAAAUACUUUAAAAUAUUUUGAUUAUUAUUACUGCUGCCUGAGUCCCGGGAUGGAAAUGAUGGAAUAUGUUGAUGGUAAAGCAAAGAUUUAAAGGGAACAUGGGAGACAUGGUCAGUGCCAUACACUCAUUGUUAGAGCCCUGUUGAGGAAAAGGGUCAAGCUUCUCUGUUCCCUCCCUCCUUUGUUGGGACUUGACUCCUACAAGAUGGGAUAUCAAGUGCAAUCACAGAGGAGAACAGUUAUUGAAAUCAUUGAAUCACUCACCCACUGGCAUUAGGUUAAGAGGUUUGAAUAAAAGCCAGCCUAUUAACAGGUUUAUUUGAUAUUGUGAGUCUUUCUGCAUUUGAAUGGUUUGGAUUAAAGUGUUUUUCUUUUGUCUUGCUGGGGUCAAGGCAAAUCGUUUUUAAACAAUUAAAGAUACUGUUUUUAAUGACAAGGAGACUGAUGUAUGGAGUACCUUGAAAAGGCCAAAAGAGAAACUGAAUGUCACUGCAGUGUUGCUGACAUUUAGCAAUGCAAAUAAUAAUAUUAAGGCAACACCAGAUAUUUAAAUCCACAUGAUUUAAUAGGAAUAUAACCUGAUAUUUCACAGGAAUUGGAAACAAAUAUCACAUUGGAUACACAAAGUUGACACUGUUUGUGGAAGCCGUCAUUAUAUUUAUUUCACAUUGUGCGAUGCAUGUAAAGGGAUGCUCAUUGAGAAUCAGUGUUGUAGACAAAGAGCAACGGCUUUGAAAUGUUGGUAGUAGAUCUGGCACUCCUCCAGUUUGGUCUGACCUUAGGUUUAUGUAAUAUUCACACUUCCUGUUUAUGAUAUCCUCACAAAUUGUUUAAAUUCAACAUUAGCCACAACAAGCUGCAUGCGUUUACCACGAUAGAACGCACAUCUAUCAAAACUUCAUUCUGUACAUGAUUAUAGUCAAUUAAUUUCACUAGAUUUUGAAUGUUAAAAUGUUAAUGGUUUGGUCAAAUCAGAGACAAUAAUCAGUAUUUCAACUGUUAAUACUUCUGUAUAUGUUACAUUUUGCUUCUGUUCUGUAUGAUUUCCAGCUGUUAAACACCAUGUGCACUUCCAGAGUUAUUCAUGACUGAUCAAAUAUUUAGUGUUUUGUUUUCAGUUGAACAUUGAAAAGUUAUGAGGAUUCACCCCAUCGUUGUUUCUUAAGCGUUAUUCUACCGACAACGCAGUUAAUCGUCGUACAACACUGAACAAAUCUGUACAUGGCUUUUCAGGACAAAUGUAUCAUUUGUUCAAAUUAAAAGAUGGCACUUCAUAGAUGAUUUACAACACUUGAAUUUAUAUUGAAAAUGUAUCUUUAUGAGCUGUACAUCAGAAGCUUCUGUCAAAUGUGUUGCUAGUUUUGAGAGUAGGCCUUGCUAUUCAGCAUUUGAUUUUGUUUCCUUUUAAAAACAACUUGUGAUUGCACAGUGAAUAUUUGUUACACCCCCACAGCACAGUUUUCCCAUGUCUGAUGUCUGUUUAAAGCGAUCUGUUGGCCUUUGUAUUAGCUCCAAAUGUAAAACCAAGCGGCAUGUGAAGGCUGGUUGUUUUAGUGCUUUUGUUUUGUUAUGGUUUUAAAUUCAAAUUACGUGCCAGUGCUUUAGCCAUUGCUACUCCGAUAUACUUUAUUUUUCAUAUCCAUGAGCAUUUUCAGUGCCAACCAUGGUUUGUUAUGUUCUCACACACCUCUCACAGUGUGAUGAGGCUCAGUGAAGUUUGUCUUGGUCAAAAGUGUGAAAGACUUUUAUGCCAUUUUAUUACAGGCACUGUUUGGAACAGGAUAGACUCUGGCUAUAUGCUAUCUCACAUCUUAGAUAACUGUCAGGAUGUGUUCAUAUGUCACUGUAAAUUAAAGGAAAUCAUAAAAGGGUUUCAGGUCCGCAUGCCACUUCUGUUCAGCUGUGGCUGUAUGCAUGGUCUAUAAGGUCUUCUUCAUGCACCCUCUAUAACUGCAUGUGGUAUUGCAUGGGGAUCGCACUGUAAACAGAUAUACAUUUUGCAAGACAACUUUAGUUUUUUCCUUUUCUUAGUACAUAAUGUUUACUUAAACGUUAUUCUUGUACUGUGUCACAUAAUGUAAUCCACAGAUGAUGAUGACAGCAUCAUAGAGAUAUUUUGUAUAAUAUCCAGCACAGAGAGAAGUCGUAAGGGAAUACUUGAAUACUAAUCGGCACAGUCUUUAACAAUCUGGGCAGUGCGAAUAAACAUGAAUAAUAUGAGCAUCUAGCAUUGUAUCCGUACCAUUGUCUUUAAUUUAUUAAUCCAAGAGCAGAUGCUGCGGUAACAGAGAGCGCGGUGCUGGUGUCGGUGUUUCUGUUCUGAAUGUCGUACGGGACAGAGAUGUCAGUAGACGGAGUGUUUAGUGACAUUCUAUGAAUGUAUUGGAGAAGAGAAAAUAUUUGUCAUUUACAUGUUCACUUGUUCUUUCCAAUAAAUACCAAAUUAACUGA